UCCAGAGUACUGAAGCUGCUGAACAAGUGGACUUGUAGACAUCAGAUAGCUGGCUAUGGUUUUGGCCAUGGCAUUUCAGGAUGCUCAGAACUUCUUCCAGCCUCUCUCUUCCUGGAUAUCUCGGGUUUAUGAAGCUCUCCAGCAAGCAGGAGAUACGCUAUCUGCUUCGCUGGUUAACUUAAGCAAACAAGACUCUAAAUUGAGUGAAAAGCUAGACCAGGACUUAGAUGAUAUUCAGAUUCAGGAAACUUACUUUGAAGAUGAAGAACAAGGCAAUGAUUGGCGUCAAGAGGAUGCAAAUCCCUUGUUUCUUGAAGUGGAUCAUUUCUCCUGUUGUAAUAGGGAUUUGCAGGACUCUGCCCAAAGUUCGAGCCCCAGACUUAGCCAACAUGCAAAGGACUCAUGUUCCAUAAUGUCCCAGUGGCCCAAUCAGACCCUUGAUGACCAAAAGCCACCACAUGUGCUUUCUUCUAUUGCUGAGGAAGAACACCACCUUGAAAAGCAAAGGACUGACCUUCAACACAGCCAGCUCUCUGGUAUUUUAGAAAAUGUUAAUGGAAAAAAGCAAGUUAACAGGUUUGGAGAUGAUGAAGAGCCAUGCCCAUCUUCUGACAGUGAUGAAGAGGUGAUCAAACAAUUUGAGAUUUCUGUGUCCCGGUCCCAGAGUUUCCAUUCAGAAGCAUCUGAAAAAGGAAAGCAGGUGGGAUUGGAACAAAAAUCAAAAUUCAGCCACCUGCUCUCUACCCACGAGGAGGAUAACACAGAAGUGUCUGCCUGUGAAGAUUUGGAUGGAGCCAGCCAGCUGAGUUAUUCUGAGAAUCUGUCCUACGGUGAAGAUGACCCUGUUUCUGCCCAUUCACAGUCCCCAUGUGAGGUGGGGAACACCAGGCACCAUGGCGCAGCUCCCCAAGAGACCAGUAUGCCUCGCAGCCUCGGUCUCCUGGAAUUGGAGACAGCCUUUAAUAACCGGGGAUUUGAAGAGUCCUAUGCUGCUGAUAGCUCUUCCAUGUGGAGUCCAGAGGAACAGGAUGGGGCCAAUUUCCAGGUGCCAGCUGGGGUCUUGGAGCCCAUCUCAAAAUGUGGUGACCUGGAUGUCAUCUUCGAAUAUAGAGCCUCCAGCCAGAAGCUCACAGUGACCAUUGUCAGAGCACAGGGCCUCCCAGAUAAGGACCGAAGUGGUGUCAACUCCUGGCAAGUUCACGUAGUGCUUCUGCCCAGUAAGAAUCAGAGGGGCAGGACAAGCAUACAGAGAGGCCCCAACCCUGUCUUCACGGAGAAGGUCACCUUCACCAAGCUGGAGCCCAGACAUGUGGCUGCCUGUGCUGCCCGCUUCCGUCUGUAUGCUGCCCGCAAGAUGACCCGUGAGAGAAUGAUGGGAGAGAAGCUAUUCCAUCUCAGGCACCUGCACCCAGAAGGGGAAAUGAAAGUGACUCUGGUUCUGGAGCCAAGAAGUAAUAUCAGCAGUGGAGAGUCUCCGCUCAGCCCAUCUGCAGUUUCUCACAGUGAUAGCGCUUCAUCCACACAGUCGCUGUCUCAUGGAGGAGCGCCAGAGCUGUUGGUGGGGCUGUCCUACAACGCCACAACGGGGCGAUUAUCCGUGGAAGUGAUCAAAGGCAGCCAUUUCCGAAACCUUGCUGUUAAUAGAGCGCCUGAUACAUACGGAAAGCUCUUUCUUCUCGAUUCUGUGGGUCAAGAGAUGUCCCGCUGUAAGACGUCCAUUCGACGUGGUCAGCCCAAUCCAGUCUACAAGGAGACCUUUGCUUUCCAGGUGGCCCUCUUUCAGCUCUCUGAUGUCACACUGAUGAUUUCCGUUUAUAACAGGCGUACUAUGAAGCGUAAAGAGAUGAUUGGUUGGAUUGCUCUGGGCCAAAACAGUAGCGGAGAAGAGGAACAAGACCAUUGGGAGGAAAUGAAGGAAACCAAAGGCCAGCAAAUCUGCAGAUGGCACACCUUGCUUGAAUCUUAGUUUUGCCAGCAGGCAUUUGCAUGUGACAUCUGCCCUGGCCACCAAUGUUUUGGCCACUGAUACCAACUCAGCACAUGCUGGUAGGCGUUUUAAAGACAGGCUUACAAAUAGGUAUUAGAGUCUACUAACCUCUGGGACAUUCUGGGCAGGAUCUUUGGGUAUCUCAAAGGUUUGAUUUGGAUUCAGAUAUUAUAAUUUAAAAAAACACAUACACGGUCAAGUGUACUUUAUGGCAAGUUAACCACAGUUGAGAACAGUGAUGAUGAGUUAUUUUGUGUUAAUAGAUCAUUGAGUCUGGGUUCAACCUGAGGAAUGAAGCAUCUCUUGCUGUCUCUGUUUGCUUGAAGAGUAACCUGAGAUCGCAAGGGAGCUGUUAAAUUUCACUAUUUGUAACCAGGUAUGUGUAUGAAUCAGAAUUUUGUUAAUAUGGUGCCAAAACCCCCCCACUACAGAAACGAAUCGGAUGCCAAGGCUCAUAAGAGAGUGUAACUGUCAUCCAGAAUCCCCUAUUUUACAUUUUUCUCUCUGUGAAGAAAACUCAUUUAUUUACUUAAAAAAUAAAUGUUAUAAACUCAUACUUAUAAAACAAAUUUGUGUUCAUUAAAUACCUUUCUUUAUCUCACUUAUAUAUUGUGGUUUCCUAUGAGAUUUGGUUAGGUGAAUCAUUUUGAAGGUAAAACAGAGUUCAAAAACACUGUUGAAAGACAUCUUGUUUCCUUUUAAUAUGUAAGAUUUCCAACUUGUAAUUUUCAAGGUUUUUAUGCUAUUUUCUCACCUAAUAAAUUCUUACAGAAUGAGAAGAAAACAAAACAAAACAAAAAACCCGUAUUUAAGUCAUGGAUUUGUUGAUUUUCUGAAUCAAGUAUUCUCCUUUAGAUUAUACUUUUUCUAUAUUCAAUGAUAUAUACACAUACAUAUAUUUUGAAUGCACACCUGCAUGCAAACCUUAUUCUUUUUUAUGCAGUUAUUUUCCCUCAUUAGAGCAUAGUAAAUUGUAUAUAAUGUGUCCUUAAUAAAUGUUGAUUUAAUUGACUCUUAGAAAUGAACAUGUUAUGAUACCUGUGAAUGAAGAAAUAUUUUCAGCUUGUGUGAAAUGACACCGAGUUUUGUUUUGUUUUUUUUUUUUGUUUGUUUGUUUGUUUUGAGCAUUUGAAGUGCCUAUAAUUGUCAUUUUCCGUGGCAUUUGCAGCAGCGUCUAUUAGUCACUACUUGCAUUCUGGGCAUGUGCCAUUCAUAACACUCAUCUUGUCCGGUGAUAAGCAUGAAAUUGUAUCUCUGACUGACUUUUACAUAUUUGUGCAGUGCAUGUUUAUUUUCCUUUGGUUAUAUGUGAGUCCUUAAUUUUAAUUACCUGAAAUUGUCAGUAAAAAAAAAAAGGGAGGGGGAGGAAUGUGUGUCCAUGUAACACCGCGCCUAAUGUUCAGCUCUUCUGAGCAAUUGCUCAGUCACUUAUUUUUAGCUUUUAUGUUUCAUUGUUGACUUAUUGCUGUCUGUGGGAAGAGUGGGAGCUAGUGAUGGAUGUAUACAGUUAGAAACACAGAACUCCUCCUCAGCUCUACAUUUGACAGAUUGUAGACGUAGGCUGUAACACUUGAAGAACAUACUUAUUCCUUACCGUGCAGUGUGUAAUGGUUAUCCUGACAAGAAGAGACUAGGGCACAGAUAAUUCUUCUGUGAUUUCAAGUACCCAUUUGUGAAAGAAGUGAUUUCAUAUGGAAGAAUCAGAAUUAGCAAAAUAAAUUAAUAUCUUAAUUUCUUUUUAGGUCAUGGGAGUUUCAUCUGUAACACUGCUCAGUUAUUGGGAAGAAGUAAUAAAACCAUGCUCCUUUGGGUUUUUACCCUACCUUUCUUUGGAAACCUCAAAGUGCUUUUCCAACAUUAUAUCCAUUAACUGCUGAGUGGUCUUUGCAGUGUGGCUGUGUCAUCGAGUAGGACUGAGUGCAAUUGACUAAGUAGUGGCACAGAGAAUUGGCUUUUCACAUCCCUCACUCUCUUUCCGCGCUUGUGUUUAAAGGGAAGUGAAGCAGCCUUGUUAUGCUUUCCUUUAUGCAGUAACAUAAAAGCAGCAUUCACUUUAAAAUUUACAUUUGAAAAAAAACCUGCAUAUAUUGUACUGACCGUCCUGGAUUUUCCCCCCUUAUAUUUUCCUGCUCUAUGUUUUGCUGCAUCCCUUGUCUUAUGGUGCCAAAUCAUCACCUAUGCUUCGUUUUCUGCUGCCUUGACCCACCCAUUUUUAGGGUUUUCUACUGGUAUGGUGAAGCUAUCCUUGUGGGUGUGAUCUCUUUUCCAAUAGCCUGCCUAUGAGGCUGUUACAGGAAUGUGCAGCGUUUUAAGGAACGAGAUGCCUGAAAAGCAUUUUUAAUUUUUGUAAUUUUACUAUGUUGAUGCUAUUCACCACGUAGGAUGCAUGUACAUCUUGAAUAUACAGAAGUCUAAAGCUGACUGUAUAAAUAUAAAAUGCUAAUGACAAGAUACAUUAAAAUAUGAGGCUGGAUUUUUUUUUUACAUUGAUUUGAAAUUCUGGUUUAGUAAGAUCUUUUGAUUUUGUACAUUUCAACUCCCUUAUUUGCCUGGCAAAGUCUAGACACAAUGCACUCAGCAUGUUUUUCUUUUCACUAGAGCCCUUACAGCUACAUUUGCCUUUUAACAGUUAUGAAAGAUAAUUAGUUGGUUCCACGGUGGAAAAAGCUCCUUUUGCCUAUUUGGUCUAGCUAAUAAUUAACAUCUCACAGAGACAUUUGAAACUGAAGAAGCACAGUAUUUGUUGCAUGAGUAGUUCCUUCCGUGAUUUUUCCUGAAAACAGUGCUUUUGACAUAAUACUACAGAGGGUAAAUGAUGCACUGGGUUUAUGGAAAUCUGCUUUAUAGUGUGUCUUCUUUCAGGGCAUUAAUUUACACUGAGUUGAGAAGUGCUGGUUUCACCAAUCACGGUGGUGGCUCUUGUGCUCCCUGCUCCCCUCUGACUAUUGUUGAAUUUGUAAAUGGGCCAUUCACCAGGCAGCCAGGCAUCUGCUCUUGCUUCUCUCUCCUUCACUGGCUCCCUGUGUGAUGCACAGCUGUUUGGGACCCUGUUUUUGCUGAUGUAGCGUAGCUGGGAGGGAGGUCUUGCCUUCCUUAACAGUAGAAGAACUUGCACUGCUGUCGGAUGGAUUACGCUUGGCAUCCACCUGUACAAAGUUCGGGAAAGAAUCCUGUGACUGCAAGGGGGGCCAAGAGAGUAUGCCACUGCGUUGUCGUUCACUUUAGGCACUGGGCCCUCUGCUCCUUCUUCAGUGACAGUAUGGACUGAGCUUGAACACUGAUGUCCUCUGUAGCGUGAGGAGCUGCAGUGAGAACCUAGCCUCUGUCUUCGCAGCAUAGGAACUUCCGCGAGAUUUUACAAAUUGUUGUCACCUCUCAGUCAGUCUCAGUGCUUUACAUCGUGGUUGUACUAGAUGGUCUUAUCUGAGAACCAAAAUGCUUUUCCUUUCAAGUAACGCAUCGUUUAGGUUGAAACUACCACCAGGUUAAGCGAAAGUUCUCCUCCAAUAGCCACUGAGUUUAUGAAACUGAUGGUUCAGCAUUGAACUGUGGGGCUCCCAAAAGCCCGGCUAUCCUGUUGCAGCAGAGAACUCAGUAUGUUAGGAUCAGAAAAGUGAUAGAAGAAGAUUUUUUGUAGAUGACAUAAAACCAAAUGGAGAUGCAUGCCUUAAUAAUAAACAGGGCCAGAAAACCCAUGCAGUGUCCCCUCUUUAAGGGAACUGUGACCAGAGCACAUUCUAUUCUAUUUGAUCCACAACAAACAAAAAUGAUAGAUAAUCCUGAAAUGGCAAAAGUAUUUUGUCUUAAAAAAAAUCAUUAAUUUGUUCCAAAAAGGAAAGUUAGGCAAAACUAUAAAAAACAAAUCAUAGAGCUUGUGUAUAGAAGAAUUAAAGAAUAAAUAUUGCUAGAUACCUUCAGCCCCCGCUAGCAUAUAUUCAAGAAGAGUAAAAUAAUAAACCAAAAGACAUUUCAGGUUAACUAGCUAUUAUUUUUUCACAACUUGUGGAAUUCCAGCAAAUCCUUAAUGAUGAGGGAAGUGAGACCCAUCCAGUUCAAUGAAGUUGGCAAAGGCUGCAGUCUUCCCCUGGCUUUGGAUGGAACUCCGUUAGCUGUAUGGCCUUAAGAAAAUUACUUACCCAGUCUGUGUCCCUGAUUCUUCAACAAAAUGGAAGUGAUACCUACCUCAUCAGGUUUUUUAAAAGACAAUAACAGCAUUGAGCCUGGCAUAUAAUAAGCAUUCAAUUUCCCCCCACCCCCAACCAUACUUAAUCAAGAAUAAAGCCUUUAAGAUUUGUUUCUCUGUCUAGUGGAAGUAAUAGCAACAUUAGAGAAAGGCUAUAAACAAUUCUCAUAUACUUUUAAAAAGGUAGACUCCUAAAGCUGGUCUAAAUUUGUAAAGAAAAAGAAGUCUUACAGGGUAAAGUAAAAAGAGAUAAGCCUGGCAUUUUGAGUCUUAAUAAGUCCCAAAUGAGGUACAAUAACCAGAUCUUUGUCUUUCACCCCCUUAGUUUGGAGGGAAUACAAAACCUUGGUGCUUGUGUGCACAUCUUGCUAAAUCAGACACAAGACUCCCUUCAACCUCAGCUCUUCUCUACAAUUCAGACCUGGACAGAGCACCAUAUACCCAUCCAAAGAGUUGGUAAGGUGACAGCUUGAGUACCUAUUUCAAUUUUGGUAUGAAAAAGGAAAAACAUGGUGUGGCAAUUUGCUGAUACUCAUUUAAAAAUGGACAGUUUUUUAGCCUAUGCUAUACAUCCAUAUUAUAUCUUCACAGGCAAAUUUUUAAAACUGACCUAAUGCAGCUAUCAAAACUCAUCUAACUGUUUAACUGAAAAGUUCUUUUCAGGACCAAUUAUUUAUCACUCUUUCCCUUAGGAGAUCACAAUGAAAGGAAUUCGUUUAGAGUUCAUACUAUCUCUUUUUUGAAGAGGGUUUUAGAGAGUGACUUGAUGUAAUAGAACGCACGUUGAGUUGCUCUCAAGUGUUCAGACCAUGAGUAAAAAGGAGAGUUUCCUGAGAAUUUAGAGGAACUUUUGUGGACAUUUGAUCUGCAGAAGUGGUCAGGAAUAAACCACCUCAAGUUUAGGGUAACCAAGUGCCAAGUACCAGUCAUGCACUACUUGCCAUUUUAAACCAAAUGUGAUUCUGGGAUGGGGAAGUAUGAGCCUACAUUCCCAACAUUGCUAGAUUGCCACAGUGCUGACUCCGGUUCUAGGAUUUCUGAUUAAGGAGAAACGGGGAAACUUGAGAAGAAUCACUUAGCUUAGGGGGUUUUGUUGGGAAUAAUUCAGCGUGUAGGGAAGUUAAAGGGGGCAGAUGGGAGUUCAAAGGCUGUAGAGUGAUUUCUAGGAAGAGUUAUCCAGAAUGUGAAGAGCUCUUACUGAGGGGACAAUGUGUUCCUUCUCUUCUUGGUCACAUGGACAGAGAGCUUCCAUUUAAAUCAAGUCACAAGAGUUUAACUUAGACAUGAGAAGGAUAUGAUGGUUGUUUUGCAUUAAUUCAAGAUGUGUUUCAUUGGAUUUUCUUGGGUGUAGCACCAGGCUAUUUGGGAUAGUACAGGACUUAAAAUCUUUUUUUUUUUUUUCCAACUUUUUGGAGUGGUGUGAUUACACAUUGAAGCAGUUGAAGCACUUAGUCAUCAUGAUAAAAACAAUGUUUAUCAACAGUUGUUCAGUUGAUCCAAUCAUGUGCCAUAAAAAGCAGAGUUCCUUGUUAUGGGUUAUUGUUGGAAGGAGGUGAGAUGUAUUUACUGAACGUAUUGGAGAGAGCGUCUAAGAAGCUGGGACCUGGAGUGGGCCUUAGUCACGCUGGAGGGGGAAUCAUCCAGGGAGAGCACAGGAUCAUCUUUGGAAGGCUUUUAAGAUAGAAAUCUCUGUGUGGAGUGUGGGUUCUGUCUAAAGGAGAACAAGAGGGCAGCCAGGAAGAUAGCCUUUUUAAAGUUCCUUCUAAGUCUAAUAUUUUGUAUGUAACCUCCAAAUAGAAUCAACAAUAACAACACUCUAGCCCUGUCCUCUUCCCCUUUGGACAUUGUUUCCACACUGAUUUUUCUCUGCAUCAUAGAAGGUCUUCUCUGGGGAGUUGCUGUUUGGGCUUUGUUUAGGUGACUUUGGAGAUGCCUGCAGGCUCUGGGUGAGUUUCCUCUCCUAUGGUGUUUUUGUUUCCCCUGGGUCUCAAAGCAGUAUCCUAGACACAGACAAUAAUCCGCUGUAUUUAUAGCCACUGUGGAAACUGUAAAACAGCUUGAGGCUUUCUAGAACAAACUCAGAAGCAGUCAUGGAGCCCUGUGGACAUUCCUAGAAUAAACCACCCCUGAAUGUUGCUACCUGCUCUCCCUUGCUUACUGAUGCUGCCUUAAGCUGUCUCCAUGGGAGUUUUUACUUCACGCCUUUGAGCAACAAUGCUACCUACCAACUCUACUUUGAGGGUGGUGAGAAGGCUGCCUGCCCAUUGGUACCGCCAUAUUUAUGCAUUAUUUUUGUGUACUUCAUUUUCCCCUCAAAGUAUCUACUUACUGUUUUUUUUAAUACAAAAUUUAUUCAUUCAAAAGAUACUGAGUAUAUUUAUCCCAGGCUCUGGACUAGGGGCUGGAGAAUGGUUUGAGUUCAAUUGUUUUAUUUCUAAAUACUCCAUUUUUUAAAGCUAGGUAAACAAUAAGAUCUUUUAUGGCCUUUAAUUUCUGUCAAAUGUAUUUCUGCAAUGACUUCUUUACUCCCUGUUGAAAAGGAGAAGAUUUAAGGAAAAUGGAGGUUAUUACUCUGCCUCUGAUUAAGAAAUAAAUGUCCUGUUUAUCAGGCUAUGCUUCCCUUCAAAAUAAAUGGAUGUGUUUUACAUCUGAGAGAGGAAAUGCAGCAUUCCAUUCCAGUGAUGAAAUAAGUUAUAGCUUGAAAUGGAAGUUGGAUAUUUAGUAUUUUUCACUUUUAUAAUUGAACAUUGAAUACCUUUUAUAAAGCUGUAAGCAGGUCAGAGCCUGGAAUGCUAGGUCUGUACAAACAAAUGUGACACGGUUCUUAGAAGCUCCAUGUUUUAAUAGCUCCAUGUUUUGCUACCUUUUACUUUUUGAAAGAGUGAACUGGAAAGAGUAGCUGCCAGAUAAAGGGGUAAGGGUAUGAAACAAAGAUCCCUCCUUACCGAUCUGGUUCUUUUGAUUAACAUUUGUCUUAGAUAUUAUACACUAAACACACUUGGGACAUCCCUAUAAAAUGGGUAAAGGUCAACAUUGGGAGUGUCCCUUCCUUGGCAGAUGAACCAGUCUCAAACAAUCUCUUAAUUUCAAUUUUAUAACAGGAGACGAAGUAGGAGUUUUUCCAGUAGAUUUAUUGCUUAUAAUUUUUAACAUCAUAGAAACUUACCUUAAAUAUUACCUAUAUAUGUCUCAAUCCAUGAUUCCAGGUCAGAAUCUUUGAUGGCCUAAAAAUUCUUACUGAAGAAAGUCUUUUAGUGUUGCCCCGUGAUGGUCCAUAAUAAAAAAGUUUACAUCUCUUACUUGAUGAAGACCUUGAUUUUGGGGAAAAGAUAUUAAAAGGCUGCCACUAAAAACUCUGAUUGGUGAGGAGUACAUACACUAAAGGACUGUAUUUCCAUGGAAGCUAUUCUGUGUACUAUGUUCACAUUCUGGGGCCACACCUCUCUCUUAAGAGUUUGUCAAGUCCCUUAUAGUUGGCACCUUAAGCAAAGCUUACUAAUUUUGCCAUUUCCCCGUGGGCCGUGAUAAUCUUUAUUAAUUCACAACUACACCAAAUUAUAUUGUUGUCUUUUAUUAUGCCACCAUACUAAGGCAGGUGUAACUUAAAGUUUGUUACUAUGAAAUACAAAAUGUUUUCCAGAAUUUAAAAUUUUAAUUUCAUUACAGAUUCUAUUAUUUUAAGUUUGUGAAUAAGAAGUUAGUAUUUGUAUACUUGGGUGUGACCAAGACAUUUCUAUAAUAAUAUUUUGAAAUAAGGUCUGACCUCUAUUUCCAUGGAAAAAAGCAUAAUGGUCUUUGUGAUCUACUUGCUUUUUAAAAAAGUUAAUAAGCUUUUUUUGAGCAAUUUUAGGUUUAUAGCAAACUUGAGUGGAAACCAGAGUUCCUGUGCACACUCUGCCCCAUCCCUGCCCAGUGUCCCCCGCGAUGGGCAUACCCCACAGGAGUGGGUACAUCUGUUACUGUGACGAGCCUACAGUGGCACAUCAUUACCACCAAAUUCCAUAUUUUACAUUAGGGUUCACUCCUGGUGUUCCAUUACCUUAAAAUUUUUCUGUGCUCUGCCUAUUCAUCCCUCCUCCCUAACUUUUGGCAACCAGUGAUCAUUUUACUGUCUCCUUAGCUUUGCUUUUUCCAGAAUGUCAUAUGGUUGGACUCAUACAGUAUGCAGUCUUUUUAGAUUGGCUGCUUUCAUGUAGUGAUAUGCAUUUAAGUUUCCUUCCUGUCUUUUCACGGCUUCAUAGUUCAUUUCUUUUUAGCGCUGAAUAAUAAUAUCCCAUUGUCUGGAGGUACUGGUCUGUUCAUUAUUUACUUUUUAGUUCUGAUUGCUAUUGUACAUUUUGUUAAUGUGCAUGUUCUCAAGAAAACUGGAUGGAUUAAUCCGUAUGAUGCAUCCACUGACACGUAGCAAUUUCUAAUCUGGCAUGAAUCUCACCUAUGUGGUAUUAGGCUUGAUUCACCUUUGAGGAGAAGAUUCAUGGAAAACAUUAUGUAAUUUCACAAUUGGCAUCUAAGCAGAGAAAGUUCUGAAGGCAAUGAGGAUACGAUCCCCAAAUUUAGCGACUCUGUGGUAUUCUCUGUUGUUGAGCACUGAUUUAAAUAUACAUUGAUAAAAAGUGCUAAUUACAUUAUUACUGAUUCAUGACAGAAAACCACCUUCUGUUACUAGUGUAUAUGACUUUACAUUUGCCACUGCUGCCAAGAGAAAGGAAGCUUCGUGAUUGUACCGUCAUAGUCAAUUGUGUAAAUUAGCUGCAAGUGGUACGUAAGCAUCUGGAUCAUGCAGGAGCUCUGCAUUAUGGAUAGAAGGAUGACCCAUGAAAAUGUAUAGGCUGAAUGGACAAGUGGUGAAUAAUGGAAUGAUAACACUGAUAAUCACACUGGGUGAAUGGGAAGACCUGACUGAUGAUCAAUAUCUAGGAAACAUUCUGACAUUUUCAUGUGCACUGACUGCCCUUUGCUUUGUAGCUGCAACAACCUGUGGAACCAGGCAUUGUUGUGGAGAUGAAAGUGGUUGCGGAAAGAAUAUUGGAUUAGAUUAAAAUUAACGAGGCCUAUGUUCUAUACCAAGUCUUCCCUUAAUGAGCUCUAAAAUGAAUGUCAAGUCACAAGUUCUCUAAGCCUUCAAUUUUGCAUCUGUCAGCCGGGAAUAGUAAUACUCUUUUUACUUGUUUUCACCACGUUGUGAUAAGAAUGAGAUUCAUUCAUUCCUUCAUUAAUAUCACAAACACUCAGAGUCCCCACUACAGACGAGGGCCACAGGCGUGAUCAGGUAAUAGAUGGAAAUACACUUUGCAGAGUUGAGAGGUUUUGAAGGCUGUGAGAUAUUUUCUUAUUUUUUAUUUUAAGGUUAAAUCAAUUCUUUUUUUAUGUUAAUAUAUCAAAGUAGUUGACACUUCUAGAUCUCUGCCAAUCAUCGAGCUAUAUUCAUAGAGUGUCAGUUAUUUGACUAAAAGUUACAGUCGGAACGGUCUUCAGCUGUUCUGCCUCUGAGAAGCUAGAAAUAAAGUAUUAGGCUCGAAUUCUUUUGUUCAGACACGCUGACCACAGAACAAAUUGCAAAUCCAUCUUUUCGGCAGGCUUGCCAAUCUUUGAGUUGAACACAGACCUUUCUUCUUUAGAACAAUUUAACUUUGAGUACAGGGAAAGUAUUAAGUUGGAUAGCAUUUUUUUUUUUUUCACAAAACGGAAUUUGAAUACAGUAUUUGGAAAGAUGCUUCCACCACCAAAAAAAGUCCUUCAAUCUACGUUAUUAUAUUUCUCUUGGAGAAUUAGACUUCUCCAGCUUUCCCCUCCCAAGUGACUUUCCUCACCCACAUAAUCAUUUUCUUCCUAAAUACCAUUUAUCAUCUCCCAGGGAAAAAAAAGUAAGGAUUUAAAAAAAAUUUUUUUCAAGGUACAUCCAAGAUUUCAUAGCAAUAUUUGGUGUUCACAGUGCAAGAUAAAUCUGACUCUCGAUUUUUUUUUUGGUCUUCAUAUGGCAUCCAAAACAGUUGUUCACAUUCACACAUUUAUGUUUCACCAUAUGCAUACUGUGUGCAACUCUGUUGUUUUAAAAUAUUUUAUUGGUUUUCCUUUAAAUCCCAACUUUUGAUGGGUGUCCUUGAAGAACUUGCAUGCAAAAAAAAGUAAAUGUGAAUGAUUCAUUCAUUUUGAACAUAUGUAACUAUUUUGGGAAGAUUUUACCCUACAUAGAGCACACUGUUCUCAGCAGGGAGUGUACUUUGUAUUUCUGUUCAACUCACAGCUGGAUGCUGGGGAUGUAUUAAUAUUGUUAGCCUGUACCUUUUCUAUCUUGUGUUUACUUCAAUUUGUUAUAUGGAAUUGAGGGUCCUGAAUUUUUGGUGGUUGUGAAUGGUGGUCAAGACUUUAUGGAUUUCGCUUGCGGGGACAAUUUAGCAUAACGUGGCUUAAAAUCUGGUCUUCCUUUAGAUUUCUAAGUCACAAGAAGGCUUCCGUGGGCAAAUUCAUUGUUCCAGGGCAGACUUGUUAGUGUACGGUAGGAGCUGCUCCAAACCUGUCCCAUCACUUCAUGGGCAUUUCUAGAUCUGACUGCUGUCAGAUUUUCUCCUCCAGAGUUUUCCAGCAGAGAAGCAAUCCCUGGGUGGUCCAGAAGUUCAAGAGAGAAACAAAAAGUAUUUUCUCCUCCAAGGGGUUGAACUCUCAUGUGAGAAACUCCUGAAAUCUUCAGAACAUUCCAUGUAGGUGUCCCUGUGUUCCUCACAGUGUGACUUACUGACUUACAGUGUCUUCUAUUUACGAAGCAUGAAUGUAUCUCCAGCCGUUACCAAAACAAACAGCCAUAGAAUGUAAUCAUCCACCCAUUUCUAAAAUUACUUCUAUUGAUGAAUAAUUAGUGUAUAGGAAGAGGUUUGGAAAUUUUUUUGUUAACCUUAAAAACUAGAAUACCUGUCUACCUUUUAUAAUGUUCAAGAUUUCGUAACAGUGGUUUUAAUGUAUGACCGCUGUACUGUUACAUCUUGUGUUCGAACUGGGCAAGCCAGGGAAAUUUUUAAUAAUGUCCGUACUCUCGGGAUAGAAACACCCUUGAAAAUAUGUUAGAAAAUAUAAAAUUGUUUACCUGUGCUAGAGAAUAGGUUUGUGAUUAGAAGAAUUACUGUUUCUCUUGUACAAAUAAUGCUUCAAGCAGAUGUUCUGUCUUCACAGUGAUGUUGGAAGCAUAUUUUAUGCAGCCUAAAAACUAUUUCUGUAUUAGAUAUUUAAAUGCAUGAGGAUACAUUCAAGUUGCUUUUUGUUUAAAGCAGAAACAUAGAAGAAGUAUUAGUCCCAGUUUGUACAAAAUGUCUGCUGCAACUGAACUCACGAUAGUUCAAAACUGAAAAUCAUUCUAAUUUUGUAAAACUGCUGCUACUGGUUUUAUCAAUAAAGUUUAAGCAGAUGGCU